UUUUCUUUGAAGUGCAUCUUUUAUUAAACAAUAAAUAUUUUUCAUAAAUAUACAUCACAAUUCAGGAAGAUCUUCAAGCCAUGGUGAAGAUUACUGAGGCAUUGGUGCGCAAGAAAUCCGAGCAUAAUGAGUGUCUCAUCAGUACGUUGGAAGAACUCUCCUUGCAUCAAGAGGACAUAGAACGAAUCGAACAUCUGCAAAACUGGUGUCGGGAUUUGAAAAUUUUGCUGCUACAAUCAAAUCUCAUUUCCAAAAUAGAGAAUUUGCACAAAUUGAAAAAAUUGGAAUAUUUGAACUUGGCCAUUAAUAAUAUCGAGCGUGUGGAAAAUCUGGAGCAGCUCGAGUCGCUAACCAAAUUAGACUUAACUUUAAAUUUCAUUGGCGAAUUAACUUCCAUCGAAUGCUUGAAAGGAAAUUAUAAUCUACGCGAAUUAAUACUCAUUGGAAAUCCCUGCUGUGAUUACCCGCACUACAGAGAUUAUGUAACGGGUACGCUGCCACAGCUGAAUAGCCUGGAUUGUGAAGAAAUCAAAAUGUCACAAAAGUUACAGGCGCAAAAGACAUUGAGUAGCCAUCGUGCUGUUAUUGUACAAAAACAAGCAAACUAUUUCAUUGAGCGAGAUGAGCAAAAGCUGCGAGUGGCACAUAAAAAGACAGAACUGGAAGCUGAAAUGGCGGAAGUCGAUGAUGAAGAUAGUCGCAUCAAGAUGUUCUGGGAUGCUAAAAGUGAGCAUUGUCCCGAGACACGCACGGAUAUAGCAAAGUAUCACAAGCUCGGCAGGGAGAAGAGGAACACCGAGCAGCAUGAUAAGAAAAUGCAUAGAACGCCAGCACUAUUUGCACCAUGCGGACGACCGUAUAAUUUGAAUCAAGCGAAAUUACCAUUCCAUUUGAGCGACGAGUACAAUGAAUACAUGUUGCAGCUGGGUAUAUACAAGUAA